AUGGGUGGGUGGCGAGAACAUAGGAUCGGCGAAUCAACUGCACUAACCCUUGUACAUGUCAACGUUAAGAUUAAAGCCUCCGAAGGCGGUGGUGGAAAAGGAAUAAGGAAAUGCAAGAACGAGGCGGAUUUCAAAGAGAAUUUCGUUCAAGUGCAAACCGAAGUACCUGGUUCUCCAAUAUUCAUCAUGAAAUGCGUCGAAAAUGCUAGACAUAUUGAAGUGCAACUAAUAGCCGACAGGUAUGAAAAUGUAAUUCCGGUGUUCACUCGUGACUGUUCUAUUCAGCGAAGAUGUCAAAAAAUUAUAGAAGAAGCUCCAGCCAGUAUUGCUCCGAAAAAAACACUUAGGAAAAUGCAGGAAGAUGCGGUGAAAAUAGCGAAGUUAGUCGGCUAUGAAUCAGCUGGCACUGUGGAAUACAUGUACCUCCCCGAGGAAGACAAAUACUUCUUUCUUGAACUCAAUCCGAGGCUUCAGGUGGAACAUCCGUGCACAGAAAUGCUGGCUAGCAUCAACAUUCCGGCCAUUCAAAUGCAAAUCGCAAUGGGCCUCCCACUGAAUAGGAUUACUGAUAUUCGACUGUUUUAUGGACUUGAUAGAUACGGCACCACUCCACUGCCGGACGAGAUUGUUCUGACGGAUACUGAGUACAGUGUCAUCGCUGCCAGAAUAACUUCCGAGAGCACUCACAUUGGGAACCUACCACUCGAAUUUGUAGGACGAGGGUAUUAUACAAGAGUUUCGGCACGCGAAAUCCACCAGCGUCUUGGUGUACAUCGCGGUCUAAUCCACAGGACCAUUAAACGCUACAGGGAGCUAGGAACUGAAAAUGAUCGACCCGGAAGAGGAAGGCGUGCCACCGUCGCUACCACGGGUAAUAUAAGGAUGGACCCUGAGGAUUUUUUCCGACCGUCUACCGGAUCGGUAGAGGUGCUGAAUUUCCGGUCCGCUCAAAACGUUUGGGGUUACUUCUCGGUAUCGAGCGCUGGCAAGGUCCAUGAAUUUGCGGAUUCACAGUUUGGUCACCUGUUUGCUCGCGGACGUACGCGUCAUGAAGCUGUCUCCGUAAUGUUGUGCGCCUUACAAGAGCUGGAGUUGCGCGCCUCGUUCGCUUCGCAGGUGUCCUACCUUGUUGACAUGCUGAAAGAACCAGAUUUCACAGAGAAUCGAUUCAAUACUCAGUGGCUUGACAAUCGCAUUGCAAAUAAAAUUCUUCAAAAAGUGCCGCUCCCUAAACACGAGAUGAUAGCCAUUAGUAGUGCUAUCAUCGGUCAUGCAAGGGUAACUGCCGCUUUCAGUAAUUUCAGAAAUGCUGUUGAGCGAGGACAGGUUCUCCCAACAAAGGAUUUAACGGAGACGUUUCUCUUCGAUCUCGUCAAAGACAUGAGUAUUUACAAAGUGACAGUGACUCGUAGUGGAGCCCUUAAUUACAUAGUUUCGUUGAACGGAGGAAAAACGCAAGUAGAAAUCCGUUUGCUGGGUGAUGGAAGUCUACUUGUCACUCAUCAGGAACGCAGUUACACGUGCAAUUUAGAGGAGACUUCUGAUAAAUUUAAGGUGACCAUAGGUCGAUCAAUAGUUGUUUUUGAAAAAGAUAAUGAUCCAAGCGUUCUCAAGUCUCCUUAUACUGGAAAGCUACUAGGAUACAAGAAACAAAACAAGGGAAUUCAAGCUUCAGUAUCUUAUUUCGAGUCGCCCUACGGAGAAUGCUACUAUAGGUAA